AUGAAUCAAAUAUCAUUCGUUCUUCAAUCAAACAUGAAAGAGUCACUUAAAAUGAUUAAAUUAUUUAAAGAAGAAGGUAAAACCAUAACAGCAUGGGAUGUACUACUAAAUCAAUUGUCUUCAUUAACCGUUAAGGGUGUUUGCUUUAAAUCUGAUUCCCCAGAUGUUUUCUCAACGUUUCAGGGUUAUAAAUACAACGUUCUCGAAAAGCCUGAUUACUCAAAAAUUGAGAUGUUUAUAGAUUUCAUUAAAGAAGCCAUAUGUGAUAAUAAUGAUGAAGUGUAUAAAUACCUUCUCGGCUGGAUUGCAUCAAUGAUUCAACAUCCUGGAAUCAAGAAUGAAACAGCAAUUAUUUUGAAAGGACUUCAGGGAACAGGUAAAAACAGAUUUACAGACAUUAUUUCUGAACUUCUCGCUGGUUAUUCAAUCAAAAACAUUACUGAAAUAGGUGAGCUAACGGGUAAUUUCAAUUCAGUAGUUGAAAAUAAAAUGUUUCUUGUACUUAAUGAACUCAAGAAUGUAGGUGAAGAUAGACUCGCAAACUUCAACGCUUUGAAAUCAAUUAUAACGGAUAAUGAGAUUAGAAUUAAUGAAAAGAAUCAACCCAGAAGAACAGCUCAGAACGUUGCAAACUUCAUUUUCGUAACUAAUAACGUUUACCCUGUCAAAAUUGAAGUUGGAGACAGAAGAUACGUAGUUUUAAGAGUUAAUGGUAAAUUCAAGGGUCAAUUUGAUUACUUCAAGAAUUUAAUGGAUUCAUGCACAAAGGAAUUUUAUGAUAAUUUACUAACAUAUUUUAUGCAAUAUGACCUUUCAUCAUUUAAUGUACGAAUCAUACUGAUGACUGAAGCCAAACAAGAUUUAAUUGAAUUAUCAACAAAUCCUUUAGAUGUAUGGAUAAAUACACAUUAUGAUGAAUUGUGUGCAGGUAUGACGUGUAAAAAUGCUCUAUUCUGCAAACCAUCAGACAUGAAAGACAAGAAUUUUCAAAUGAGCAUUAAGGAUAAAUGUGAUAGGAAACAUAGAAGAAUAGACGAUAAACAAACAUGGUGUUAUGUUUUGAAAGAAGAAAUGAAAGGAUUAUAUAAACAGGUUGAACCAAACGAUAAUGAGGAUUCAUUUACUGAUGAUGAAAUACCUGUAAAUGAUGCUUUAUAA